UCAUUCUGCGUUCUGAUUCUAGUCGAUGAUGGCUGCAGUUGUGUUCUAAAAUACGCAGCCCUCCAUCUGGAGAAAAUCGGAAUUAGUUAAUUCGGGCUAUUGUUAGACGAAAUCCCUAAUACUCGUUAGUAAAUUAGAGAGUUGGUCGGUUCCAGUACCAACUAUACAUCAAUGCGCCGGAGGAAGUGUCGCGAAGUGAAUUCCGUGAAUACGUAAUAUCGAGCGGUCAGUGAAAGAAGAAAAAACAACAAACGCCAUUCCGACUUCCGGUGAAAUACGCCGAGCAAUCCUGGAGCUUUCGGUAGGUCAUCGCUAGUGAUGUCUGCGUUCCGUUGGCCUUUGAAGUAUGGUUACUCCUCAUGUUAAUUAUUAGGGGCAUGGAAACGGGCUUGCUUACGGUUAUUUGUACCUUUGGCAGGUGUCUUAUCAUCACCUAGUAAAACAUCACUUCAAAACUUAUCAGCAGAAGCGACGGUGAAAUAAAAAGCUCAGCCCCGUGUAUGUGUGCUUGUAUAAAAACUCGCACACCCAAAAAGCCUCCACAACAGGCAGAACCAACAGCCCAAUUUUCAUUGGUUGGGACAGUACUCGGUGCGGCCAGGUCUUCCAGACGAAACUGAACUCGCGAGCAAAACAAGUGGCGCUAAACGAACCAUAUCGUAUCAUUUCGCUGAUGCUGCAUUUAAACAGCUGGUCAUUGCUAUUGACCAGUCGAAUUAAUGACACCGAACCGUGACUAAAUUAAACCGCCCGGUGGCACCGCAGAGCCGCGAAAACCGAUUUCCUAUUAACUACAAGAGAGCUCUUUUUCUCUCGCGCUUCUUUGAUGGCAGUAAUUUCAUUCUGAUGUCAACGAGAAAAACAAUGUAGGGCUAUAGAGAAAAUAAUAGCCCGUGGCUUCUGGCAAAAACCGAACAUUGUGGGUGGAGAACGCGUGUGAUGAUCAGCAAGGGCCCAGGAAGCUCACGUGCAUUGAAACGAGUGAUAUGAAACCGAUCAUAUAGAACUGGAGAUUUUGUAGAAUAACAGAAAAAAAAAUUAAAUGGAGCAGAGCUCUUCUGUGAGAUUAUAAAUAAUUCGUUUUCAAUUAAGGUUUAAUGUGUCUAUAAGUUCCUGCGGAGCUUGGCAACGUAGCAUAGAGCGCAGUCAUCAUCAGUGUUUGCAGGCGCCUAAACUGACACCGAGCAGAAAUGAAAGUUAUUGAGCUAGGAACUCGCAACCAUGGCCAGCCCCGAACGCUGGUCACACUCAUCUUUGGGACGGUCCUGGGCUUCAUGUUUGCCACCUUUAUCACCUCCAAUAACAGUCGGGUGCCAUCGUUUCCGGAGUACUACCAUUCGCGUGGUUCUCCCCCUCCUAUCGUUAGUGAUCCUCACACAGGACACGAUCUGAAGGAUGCAGCAGGGCCGGAGAAAGACGUUGGGUUUCAUGCGGCCCACGAAGAAGCUCACGCUCACGAGAACUCCUCAAUGGCGAAUCAGUUGCAGCGAGAAGUACGGGUUCUGUGUUGGAUCAUGACCAACCCUAGCAAUCACAAAAAGAAAGCACUGCAUGUCAAGCGAACCUGGGGUGCGCGUUGCAACAAACUCAUUUUUAUGAGCUCCAAAGAAGAUCCACUGUUGGAUUCAGUUGCUCUUCCUGUCAGCGAGGGACGGGAUAAUCUUUGGGCCAAAACCAAAGAGGCAUUUAAGUACAUUUAUCAGCAUCAUCUGGACGAUGCAGACUGGUUUCUUAAGGCUGAUGAUGACACAUACGUGGUGCUGGAGAAUCUUCGAUACAUGCUGUAUCCAUACUCAGCGAGCUUUCCAAUUUAUUUCGGUUGCAAAUUUAAACCUUUUGUGAAGCAAGGGUACAUGUCCGGGGGCGCAGGCUACGUUCUUAGCAAAACUGCCGUCAAGAGAUUCGUGGAAGAAGCCAUCCCUAACCAAAACUGUCGACAAGAUCACAACGGAGCUGAAGAUGUCGAAAUGGGAAAAUGCAUGGAAGUGGCUAAGGUGUUAGCUGGUGACUCUAGAGAUUCGCUCGGACGGGGACGAUUUUUCCCAUUUGUUCCGGAACAUCAUCUUAUACCCAAUCACGUAGAUAAAGAUUUUUGGUACUGGAAAUAUAUCUACUAUAAAACAGAUGAGGGUCUUGAUUGCUGUUCGGACAAUGCCAUAUCGUUCCACUACGUAUCCCCGAACCAGAUGUACGUUCUGGACUAUCUAGUCUAUCAUCUGCGGCCGUACGGAAUUGUCGCACAUUCGCAACCGUUGCCAAAGAAGCUGUCGCUUAACGAAAUCGUUCAGUCGGACGAUCGGAGUAAAACCACGGAAAAUCCGUUGGCUGGAGGUACCAGUAAAGAUUCAGACAAGGGCGAAGCCCAGAUCACCAAAGAUAAUAAUGAAGAGCUCAACGAUAAUGCUCUUUUCGAAUGAAAAGAUUAGAUGGAAUCCAACUCUAAGCAGUUUCGUGACAAAUAGCUAACGAAAAUCGACAACGUGUGCGUGUGUGUAAGGAGCUUAGCAUCAAUAUCACAGUCAAAUAAUAUUGAAAACAAAAGUGGACUAGAGUGUGAUCUGUGUGAACGAUAUUUUUGUUUACAACUACCAUCGAGUGCAUGUACAAAGUGUUUCUUAGAAAGUAGGAAUCAAAUUUUUGCGCCAUCUUAGUUAAGUACUAUAAAGCCGAUAUACCAAAGUUUUUGUUUUAAUGAGCCAGUAGUUCAAUAAGCAACUCAUUCCUUAUCCUAUUAUAUCUAACGAAUCUCAUAAUAUAAAAUUUCAAUAAAAUUAACAACGUAAAAUGA